AUGACAUCUUCUGUAGAGAAGAAGUCUUGGAUGAACGAAAUAAUAACAAGAAGAUCGUCAACUUCUCUACCAACAACACCUUCAUUCAUGAACAAACCAGUCAAUAAAUUACAUCAGGCGAUCGCCCUGAAAGACCUUGCCAAGGUCAAACAGAGGCUAUCACAGGCUAGAAAGGCAAAGUUAGAGUUGGCCGGUUUCGACAACAUGGACCAAACACCAUUGUGUGCCGCUCUCAGACAAGGUUCUUUUGACAUAGUAAAAGAUAUACUUUAUUUCUAUCAAACAAAUAAGAUGGAUAUUAAUCAACAAGAUAAAAAUGGAUAUACACCAUUGCAUGUAGCAGCAAGUUACUGUGAUGAUCAGAUUUUAAUGUUACUGUUGCAUUUCGAAGGCAUCAAUAAAGGUGUCAAUGUAAAUCUUCAAAACAAGAAUGGUGAAACUCCACUUCACAAAUCAAUUUUCAAUAAUUCCGUUCGUUUAUUAAUGGUAAACUUUUUAUUAGAGGCUGGCGCAGAAGUUAAUGUACUUAAUUCAAGAGGUGAGAGUCCUCUUCAUUUUGCAGUAAGACUUGGUCGUGAGGAUUUGGUGUCAGUAUUGGUAAAAGCAGGUGCAGAUAUCACAGUGAAAGGAAAUGAAAAGAAAACAUGUUAUGAACUAUCUCUUCAAGGUGGAAAUGUAAAAGUAAUCAAUUUUUUAAAGAAUGUUCAAGAUGUUUAUAAUUGGUUAAGAUCAAUAGAAUUAGAACAAUAUUGGUUAAACUUUGUGAAGGAAGAGAUCUUUAUGGAUUUGUUACCGGAUGUCGAUGAGAAGACGCUCGACUCGCUAAAGAUUACGUUCAGUGGACAUCGUUUGAAGAUUAUAAAGAAUUGUAGAUUAUUAAAGGAUCAAGUGCCGACCACAGAGACGAGCGGUAUCAACAGCAUGAGUAGUAACGACCACACUGGUGCCAAGAAGUUUUCAAUGGAGUCGUUGAAGUCGAAUACACCAAACUCGGUGAGCAGCGAUCACCACACAGUCGCAACUCGAGGAGUUCAAGAAGGAGUUUCAGAUUAUGGCAUCGAUUCGCUCGCCCUACAUGGUCACCUUCUAUGGCGCCAGCUUGGAGCCGAAGCUGUGCAUGGUCAUGGAGUACUGCAGUCGCGACUCGCUCUACCACGUGAUGAACACCAAGAAAUACGAUAUCGGAUGGGACCGUUUCUUCCAGUUCACCAUGCAGAUGACACUCGGCGUGCAGUGUCUCCACAACUGGUCGCCGCAGAUCGUGCAUCGUGA